AUGUCUCCUGUCCUCGACACUAUCGACCACGUCUAUCUCCGUGCGAGCAACGCCAGCAUCAUCUACAACGAACUAGUCAACAAUGCCGGUCUGCCCAUCGCCUGGCCCUUUCGCUCCGUGGCCGACGAUCUCUCCAGCGGCGCUGUGUCCCUCGGAAACCUCAUCCUCGAGCUCGUGCAGACCAACAACACCUGCGCCGCCAUGCCCUUCGUGCCCGAGUACGGCGUCGCGCUGACACCCCACGCUGCCACCAUGGCCGAGAGCCGAGAGCGCGCAGCAACCCGGGGCAUCGAGAUGGGCGCCGACGACAGCUUCUACGACCCGAGCGGCAACCUUCUCUGGACGCGGGCGUCCUUGCCGCAGCUCAGUGGUGCCGGGCUCGACACCUUCUUCUGCGACUACACAGCCGACCAGUGGCCCCUACGAGACGGCUCCCGCGCGCAGCUCGCCACCAGCCGCGGCGGUGCCCUGGGCAUCACUGGCGUCGAAGCCAUGACGGUCCGGUCCGCUCACCUACGACAGACGACGGAGAAGUGGACACUUAUAACUACGGACCGCGAGGACAAGGACAUGCCGACGGUGCACGUCGUGGCAGGCGAGGACGAGGGCCUGCACGCUCUUACAAUACGCGUGCGCGACGUGGAGGCGGCAGAGCGCAAGUUCAAGGAGCUUCUUCCUCAUUUCCCGGACUCGUUGCUGCAGUGGCAGUUUAUCUAG